GAACCCAGGAGGAACCCAGCGGCGCCGCUGGGUUCAUCGAUCAAACCCAACGGCGUCGCUGGGUUCAUCGAUCGAACCCAGCAACGUCGCUGGGUUCAUCGAUCGAACCCAGCAACGUUGCUGGGUUCCUCCUGGGUUUAAUCCAUGAACCCACGGCGCUGCUGGGUUCAUCGAUCGAACCCAACGGCGCCGCUGGGUUCAUCGAUCGAACCCAGCAACGUCGCUGGGUUCCUCUUGGGUUCAAUCCAUGAACCCAGUAGGUGCUCCUGGGUUCGAUCGAUGAACCCAGCAGGUGCUGCUGGGUUGCUAAAGACAGUGAAGAGAUUUGCAGGCAAAGAUAACAAGGGAGUAACGAACAAAGUCGGUAAUGGGAAAGCUUGGUUGACAAUUCUGGGUUUUUUCAACAACGCAUCCAAUUUCUUCUGCAACAAUUUCCAUUCCUUAUCAUUUAAUCUUUAUUUUCCCUUUUGUUAUGGAUCUGGGUUUCUUUAUUAUAGAUCUGGGUUUUGUAGCUUUCCUAUUUCAGUUAUUUUAUUCUCGUGAUUCCUGUUUCUCUAAGAAGUGGGUAUGCUUUUAUUGCUAUAUUAUCGAGAAGGUAGGUUGAUGGGGUUUGGGACUCUGGUUUCCUCGUGCGAUUGUUGCACGGCAUGGUGGGUUCCUCAUACGAUUUAGGUGUUGUGUGUUGAUGGGUUCACUGAACCCAGAUUUGGUGUUCAGGAAGGGAGAGAGAAAAUGAAAAGACCUAGAGAUUGAACUCUCAAACGUCUCCAGAUCUGAACUCUGAAGUCUUUGAUGAGAUAGGGAUGAAAAAAAGAGCAAUAUGGUAAACCAGAUCUAGGUUUUUACUUGCGUUCUGUAACUUUCAACAGCCAUUAAGAAUAUAAUUAAGAGAAUAAAAGAAAAACAAGUUACUUUUAGAAGAUUAAUUUGCUGGGAGUAUGUUGAUUUGCCAAUUUUUAGAGUCGGUGCCAUGCUGCUGAUUUUUGAGUAUGACAAGAUGAGAGGAAGAAGAUGAUGGCAAAAUUGUUAUUUCGUCUGAGGGCAAAGUUAUAAUUUAGUUUAAUUAGAAGGGCAUAAUUGUUAUUUCAUUUGACAUGUCAUCAUUUUUUGCCACGUUGUAUUAAUGUGUUUUGAUGUGUCAUCGUUCUUCCGUCACAUAACGUGCCAUGUAAGCAGAUUUUUAACGGAGGGACCAAAUCGGGGUAAAAAUGGUAAACAGUAGGGACCAAAUCAGGGAUUUUUUGA